AUGGUGAUAAUGGCUGUGAAAAGAAGGCGAAGACUUCAGACCAACAGCAACAUCUUGCUUGCCUGUCUAGCCGCAACUGACGCCUUAACUGGUCUCAUAACGCAGCCAGCGUUUAUUCUGUGGAGAACAUUNACUUCAAUCAUGACUAGCCCUCUUUCAAACGCCACCAUAAAAGAAAAGAUAAGAAAUUACCAAGUUGAAGCAAGUGAUAUCAUCAUUUUAAUCGUUAACAGCAUCAGCUGUCCAUUCACAGUUGUACUUAACUUGAUGGUGAUAAUGGCUGUGAAAAGAAGGCGAAGACUUCAGACCAACAGCAACAUCUUGCUUGCCUGUCUAGCCGCAACUGACGCCUUAACUGGUCUCAUAACGCAGCCAGCGUUUAUUCUGUGGAGAACAUUCGAAAUGACUGGUGUGAUCGUGUACAGUGCAGCACACAUGGUCCACGUGAACGCAAUAGGGGUCCUUUCUGUGUGUUCGUGUCUUCAUCUUAUGUUAGUAACUGGCGAGCGGCUCGUAGCGAUCAAAUUUACCAUGCACUACAUACAUAUUGUUACAACAAAAAAUAUUACGAUAGCAGUUACCUCAUGUUGGAUCGUUUCUGUCAUUUCUCAGGUCCUCAAAUCUUUUAAAUGGACAGUGGAUGCUUCGGUCUUUUUCUCUCUUCUAGUGAUAGGAUCUUGUAUCGUUUUCGUUGCCUCUGCAUACGUUGCUUUGUAUUUUGAAGUACGAAGAUAUCAAAAAUUGAUCAAAGGUCAGCAGAUGCCUCAAGAAGAAGCAGAAAGAUUCGUUAAAGAGAACAAAGCGCUGAAGACAGCUAUAUAUAUAGUCGGUGCAUUAGUGCUGUGUUUGACACCCGCUGUUGCUGUUGGGUUAACAUUUAAAAUAACCGACCGAAAAGAGGUUGCUCUGCUGUUCGCGUGGAUUCGCACGAUUGUCAUGUCAAAUUCUCUUCUGAAUCCACUGUUGUACUGUUGGCGGCAAAAACCACUGAGACAAUAUAUAUUUAAAACCACAUUGGUCGUUCAUCCCGUCGAGUAACAAAAUAAAAAACCGUUCAAUGACAGCAGGUACACGAGGAUAAGUCCGAUGAUGUAAAUAUGAAAAUGUUGCCAAAGUUUUAGGUAAAAUAGGACUAGGAGACCAGCUAAUUGUAAAAUAGGAGUUUCAACGUUAAUGUAAGCGGUACCAGUGAAUGGAAAUGAAAGAUGUUACUUGGGUAAUAAAUGCUCCUAUUGAAUUUGCAGAGGAAUAAAAAAGUCAGAGUGUAAUAAAAUGACGCUAAAUCCUACUUAUAACUCAGCUACGCGUUCCGGGUUAAUCUUCGUUCGUUUCAGCGAUCGUUUGAAAAAAUUACGACGAUUCACCUUUUAAUUUUUUUUUUCAUUUCUAAGUCGAUGAGCGAGGAGAAACGCCUGCCGUUCGCAGGCUUUUAUACGAAUGUCCAUUGGUUCCAUUACUUCCAUUACUUUCAUUAUGAGGAAAAUAGUUCUUUUAAAAAUCAUUAUUUUUUUUAUAAGCCGCAAUUACGUUUUUUAAUAGUAUGGUAAUAUUAACAUGGAAAACAUAAUUUUGUUAAAAAGCACAUUACCUUCUGCACGCAAGCACUGCAAAUUCGUGUCGGCAACAGCGAAAACUUACUGGUUGGGUAAGUCGUUUAAAACGUCCUUCAAGAUGGCCAAGCCAACCUCACGGUCACAGGUUACAAUCAGCUGGCUACAGGCCACGUGCAAACGUUAAAAACUACAGCUACCGUAGAAUACAUGACAAGGUUUCUUAUAAAAACGGUAUUUUCAUUAUUCUCUUAUAUCAUUUUUGAUUAACUGGCUAGGGUAAUCCAGCCGCCAAGAUUAAAAAAAGUUGCCGCCGUCGUUGCUUAUUAAAAGAACGUCCUAAACACUAAAGAUUUGAAUGGAGCGUGGUAAGGAGGCAACAACGAGCUGUGAACCUUAGGCGAAGCAGAUAAAACUGGCUGCUAGAGCCUUAAGAUUGGCUAAACUUAGAGGCUGAAAGUCCAAAAACUUGAUUGGGAUGCCUAGAGACACUGCCAGAGACAACGCCUCUAAAGAAGAGAUGACAUUAAUUCCCCUAGUUGAAGCAACUGAGGUAACCAACUUGAUUAUUCACAGCAUCGCUUGUCCCUUCGCAAUUCUCCUCACCGAUGUGAUGGUGAUGUUGGCUGUAAAAAGGAGACGAAGACUUCAGACCAAAAGCAACAUCUUACUGGACUGUCUAUAG